AUGGAGGAUGAGGACGUGGCGAUCUGCUUGUUGUGCAGCCUCCCCAAGAGCUACGAGAACGUCGUUCUCAACUUGGAGAUGAGCAGCGCGGAACUGCGGACGUAA